AUGACGACGCGCGCGCCGCCACCGCCGCCCGCCGCGCCGCCCGCGCUGCGGGCGUGGCUCAGCGGCGCGGCCACACUCACGGGCGAUCGCGAUGCCGAGCACGCGCUCAAGCCCCUUGCGCGCGGCACACCUGCGCCGCAGCGCAUGGCGCACACGCUGGCGCAUCGCCUCGCAUGGUUCGACGCGCUGGGCCUGGCCAAGACGGCUCUGCCCGAGCUGCUCACGCCCGCGGACGACGUCGCGCGCCUCCAGCGGCGCACCGGAUGGUGCGCGUGGACGUGUGCCGAGGCCCUGCACGCGCUGCUGUGCGAGACGUCGGCGCCGCUCGGCGCGAAGGACGCGCGUACGCUCGAGACGCUCCUGUCCCUUGCCUUUGCGUGGCUUGUCGUCCCGAGCGUCGCGCAGUGGGACGCGGCUCUGGCGUCUAGCAUCGAGGCUGACACUGCCGACGUCGGCGGCACCGUGGCCACUGUGCUUGUGCCGUUCGUGGCAGCCAUCGCGCGCGAACGCACACGGACGGACGUGGCGGCGCGCAUGCAUCGCCUCUAUGACGUCGAUAUGCUCCGCGUGCUGCUUCGCGCUGCGUACACGGACAACGCGUUGCGCGACACAGCGCAGGUGGCCCUCGAUGCGCUUCUCGGCGCGUGGCCCACGAUCCAGGGCCUCUCGGCGCUGCGUCGAGCGCCGCAACCCAGCGCCCUCGGCGCGAGUGGCGGGCGAUGCCCGCCGUUUGUGCGCGAGCACGCCGCGCGCCUCUGCACACAGCUCCUCCUGCGUGCCGACGGUGUGCGCGCCUUUUUCCUCGGCAUGCUGGGGGCGAGUGAGGACGACCUGCUGCGCGGCGAUCUCGGCGACGAGCUGACGGAGGGCGAUGCCCUCUUCCAGCGCCUCGACGGCGUCGCUAGGCUCCUGUGUGCGCCGCCCAAGGAUAUGGCCCGCGCCCCGUACUAUGCCACCAUGGUGCCGAACCUGCUGCGUGUGCUCGACCCUGUCGCGCCGCCCCCUACGACGCCCGUGCACGGCGUGCACCGCCGUGCAGCUGCCUUUACGCUGGCGCGCAUGCAUGAGCGCGACGCGGCCAGCGUGCUGGACGCCCUGCGCGUGCCGAUCCAUGAUGCCCUUUCGCGCCCCGCGCCGCCCGCGGACGUCGACCGUGCGCUGCGCCUGCUCAGCGCGCUCGUCACGCUGUCGCCGCCCACGCCCGACUGGAUCCACGCGCUGUGUACGCCGCUGGCCGGCGCGCUCCUUGCGAUCGAUACCCUGCUCAUGCAGCCGGCGCCCGGUCCGGGCAUCGUGGCCGCCGACGCCGCGCCUCCGCCUCGUACGUGGCUGGCAGCGCAGACGCGCGACAUCCUGCAUACGUGGCUGAGGCUCGUGCCGGACGAGACGCUGAGCACGGCGCUGGACCGUGCCAUGUCCGACAGCCUGCGUCCCGACGCCCUUCGGUGGACCGAGACGCCAGACGGCGUGACAUGCGCGCGCGCGCGCGCGGCGCCCGACACGGCUGACCCACUGGACGCCCUCCUUGCGCAGAGCGAAGCGCUCUCGCUCGGCGAGGUGGUGCGUCGCCACGACACCGAGGCGCUCGACACACCGGCGCCGGUCCCACGCGAUCUCGCACGUGUAUUGCGCCUCCCCAUCGACCCAGCGCGCAUCGCGCAGCAGCUGCAGGCAGCGGGGCGCAGCGCGGCGGGCCGGGCCCUUCUCAUGGCGCGCAUGACCGCGUACCGCGGCACCGUCAGCGCCGCCGCUGCGGGCGUCGGUGGUGCCGCGGAUCCUACGCGGGACUCGCUUGUGCACUUGUACGUUGUGCUGCAGCUGCUCGAGGCGCUAGGGCCCGCGCUCCUGGACGGCGACGUGGACCAGGCGCUGCCCUUCGUCGAGCUGGCCCUCGGCGUGCACAGCGACGAAGAGACGGGCGAGCCGGAGCUGACGCAGACCGCACUGCAGCUGUUGCUUGCGCUGCUCGAGCGGCACGCGCAGCUGACGCCCCAGACGGCGCCGCUCCUGGCCGUGCUCGCCGCGCAGGUGGAGCGCCUGCGCGAUGCCCCGGACAGCGAGACGCGCGCGCUCGCGCAGGAGGCGGCCGUCGUGCUUAUGGCGCGCGCGCAGGCGCCCGCGGCACAGACGGCCGCGCGCGAGGCGCCGGCGUACCAGGCCGUGUACCAAGAGGCGCUCAGGCACCUGCAGGACCCGAUUUUGCCGGUGCGCGCGCACGGGCUGCACUUGCUCAUGCAGCUGGUCGCGACGGACCGGCGGCACCACCCCGUGUGCUAUGGCGAUGUGCUCGAUCCCGCGCUCGUGCCUGCGAUUUUCGAUCUGCUUCUGCAGGCCCUCCAGGACGACGAGAGUUUCCUGUACCUGAAUGCGGUGCAGGGCCUCGCGCACAUGGCCGUGACAUGGCGCACGACCGUGCUCACGCAGCUGCUCGCCGUGUAUGUGGGCGGCGACAAGACGCAGGACAGUGUGGCGCGUGCGCUGCAGAGCGCCGAGCCGCUCUCUGCGCGCGCGACGGAUGCGCGACUGCGGAUCGGCGAGGCCCUCCUCCAGGUGCUGCAGCAUCUGGGCGAGGCGGCUGUGCCGGAUUUGCCGCGCAUCACCGGGCCGCUCCUCACCGCCGUGCGCCAGCCACGCUGGCCCGCGACGCUGCGCAGCUCGUUCCUCUCGAUUCUCGGCACGUGUGUGGAGCUCGCGCCGCUCGCUCUGGCCGCGGACGGCACGUCCGUGGCCCUCCUGUCCCUGUGCACGGAAUUGCUCACGCUCACGUCGGAGCGGCGCGGUGUACGCAGGCGGCCCAAGGUCCGCGCGACGCGCGUGGGCCGCGACGAGGCAGGGCGGACGAUGGAGCGCCUCGUGGACGACAGUGACUCGGACGAGGCGGCCGAUCGGGCGGAGCGCGAGGCGACGAGCGGCACGGAUCCAGACCCACAGCGCCCGCAGCUGCGUCGCAGUGCGCUCCUGCUGCUUGCGCUGCUUGUGCGCGGCACGAGGCACCAGCUGGAAGAGACGCAGGAGAAGCAAGCAGCCGAUACCGACGCGCCUCUUACCGCGCUGCGCCUCCCGGGCGGCGGUGUCCUGCCCGAUGUGCGUGCGGGCCACGCGGCGGCGCGGACGCCCCAGGACCCCCUCCUUGUGACGCCUGCUGCGCUUGCGCCCGUCGCGCCCGUGCUGCAGUAUGUGGCCGAUGAGGAUGUCGACCUGAUCGUGCGGCAGCAAGCGCGUGAUGCGCUGGACGAGGUGCGUGCCUUGGAGCUCGCGUGGGUGCAGGCCUCGCUAGUCACGUAG